UAUUUCAGAAAUGAAUAAUCUCAGUCAGGCGGCAUACAGACCAUGAAGCAGCCAAGCAUAGCACAUAGAGCUCUCCACAAACUGCUUCACAUUCUAUCCUUUUCUAUUUUGGUCCUAUGCUUAUGUCCAAUAAUUAAUGAAGCCACUGUCCAAAAGCCAAGCAUAUUAUUGCUUUUGGCUGAUGACCUUGGAAUUGGGGAUGUUGGCUGUUACGGGAAUGAUACUAUAAGGACUCCAAACAUUGAUAGACUGGCCAGAGAAGGUGUGAAACUGACUCAACACAUUUCUGCAGCCUCUGUAUGUACCCCAAGUAGAGCAGCGUUUUUGACUGGCCGGUAUCCUAUCAGAACAGGUAUGAGUGGCCAUGCUAAAAAUCGGGUGCUUCUCUGGAAUGCUGCAUCCGGUGGGCUCCCAACAAAUGAAACAACAUUUGCCCAAAUCUUAAAGGACCAAGGUUAUUCUACAGGGAUCAUUGGUAAAUGGCAUCUUGGGGUAAACUGUAAAUCAAGGGAUGAUUUUUGCCACCAUCCGUUAAACCAUGGUUUUGAUUAUUUUUAUGGUAUUCCUUUUACACUCAUAAAUGACUGUGAAGCCUCAAGGCCAAGUGAGAUGGGUAUAGACACUAAAAGGAAUGUAUGGUUGAAUGCACAGAUAUUCCUCAUCACAAUGCUAACACUUAUAGCUGGCAUGAAAUGGAAAUUAAUCAAUAUUCCCUGGAAAAUUAUUGUGAUCUGUGCCCUGUCAGGCACAUUGUACUUCACGUAUUGGUAUAUAGCCUUUACAUUUAUACCAUAUUGGGACUGUAUAUUAAUGAGGAACUUUGAAACUGUUGAACAGCCGAUGGACCUGGACACAAAAGCUGAGCAAAUAGUUAAGGAGGCCAAGGCAUUUAUUAACAGGAACAAAGAUGGACCUUUUCUUCUCUUUGUGUCUUUUCUUCACAUCCACACUCCAUAUUAUACUACUAAGGAGUUCAGAGGAAGCAGCAAAUAUGACUUAUAUGGAGAUAACAUAGAGGAAAUGGACUGGAUGAUUGGGCAAAUUCUUGAGUCAGUUGAUCAAGAAGGUUUAAACAACAUACUAACUUACUUCGCAUCUGACCAUGGUGCAUACUUGGAAGGAAUGGUGGCAAGUCCUCAACUGAGGGGUAGCAAUGGAAUUUAUAGAGGUGGUAAAGGUAUGGGAGGACUGGAAGGUGGGAUACGAGUGCCAGGAAUCCUUCGUUGGCCAGGUGUUCUUCCUGCAAAUACUGUUGUUGAUAAACCAACAAGUCUCAUGGAUAUUUAUGUGACAAUAGCUAAGCUUGGAGGAGGUACACCACCACAAGACAGAAUAAUUGAUGGCAAAGAUAUCAUGCCACUUCUGCAAGGACUUGUACCUCACUCUGAUCAUGAAUAUAUGUUUCACUACUGUGAUGAUUACCUGCACGCAGUUCGAUGGCAACAGACCAGCAGUGACACUGUUUGGAAGGUUCAUUAUUUUUCUCCAAAGUUCAGUUCAGAAGGAGCCGGGGCAUGUUAUCAAUCGAAGCUGUGCGCCUGUAGCGGUGAAAAUGUGAUCUAUCAUUUGUCGCCACUGCUUUAUAAUCUCUCCAGUGAUCCUUCAGAGAAGAAUCCUCUCCCUAAUGAUUCAGGACUAUACAAAGAGGUGCUGCAAACCAUACAGAGGGCUGUGGAACGCCAUAAUGCAACUCUACAAGCAGUACCCCUGCAGCUGUAUGGAUUAAACAAUGCAUGGAAGCCUUGGCUGCAGCCAUGUUGUGGACCUUUUCCAUUUUGUUGGCGCAAUAAAGAAAAUGCUAAUUAAUUGUCUUAUAGAAGUUUUUCUAGUAAAUAAAGUAAAUGUAAUAAAUUAAUAAACUUGGCAUAUAAUGUAGUUAUAGUUUUAGUUACAAAUUAUUGUGAGGAUAUACUUUGCAAAACUAUUAAAAAUGUAU